AUGAUUAUAGAGAAGAACAGUUCAGAAUCAGACGAACCAACAGUUGUGUUGCCGACAAAACGGGCUCAGAAAGUGAACCCGAACAUACAAAGUACCGGCGGCCAGAAGAAACAAAGAGUGGAAAUAGAGGACGAGCCUAGCAGUGAUGAUGAAAAGCAACAACCAAACACAACACUGUCUGUACAACAACAAUGUGAAAAUGCCACGGCCACAUACGAACUUGAUACGGAGAAAGACAAAGAUGCUCAAGCGAUAUUUGAGAAGGCACAGAAAAUAAACGAGGAACUCCAAGGACAAGCUGAUGAUAAAGUGUAUCGUGGUAUAAAUAACUAUGCCCAGUAUUAUAAGAAACGUGACACAGCGGCUGGGAACGCUAGCUCUGGUUUGGUGAGGAAAGGUCCUAUCAGGGCGCCCGCUAACUUGAGAGCCACGGUCAGGUGGGACUAUCAGCCGGAUAUCUGUAAGGAUUACAAGGAGACUGGCUUCUGUGGUUUUGGAGACUCCUGCAAGUUCCUCCACGACCGAUCAGACUACAAGCACGGCUGGCAGUUGGAGAGAGAGGAAACGGAACAUAAGGCCGGUGAUUCAGAUUAUGAGAUACACAGCGAUGAAGAAUUACCAUUCAAAUGUUUUAUAUGUAGGGAGAGUUUUAAGGACCCCGUAGUUACUAGAUGGACAAAUGCUAAAGCCUUCUCCAACAAAUCAGUAUCGUUCAAAUUUUGUAAAGUGGCAGGUUGCAAGACACUGAAAUUGGAAACAAUUUCAUUCAUUCCAAGGAAACGCGAUCUCAGUUGA